AUGGCGAGGCGAAUUCUGGCCUUUGCCUUGGCGGCUGCUGUGUUGACUAAGGGGGUGUUCGCGGAGGAUAUCCUACAGACCGUGGGCUUCACCAACUGCAACCCAGACUCGAAUAUCACGGUGGAGAGGGUCGACAUCACAUACAACAAUGACAACAAAACGGUCACGUUUGACGUUCUGGGAUCGAGUACGAAGGAGCAGAAAGUCAUUGCCAUCUUGAACGUGACAGCGUACGGGCAAAACGUUUACUCUAACACCUUCAACCCCUGCGACAACGGCACCUUUGUGGAGCAGCUAUGUCCUGUUCCUGUUGGCACGUUUGGAGCUCGGGGUACUCAGCAGAUUCCAGCUGCGUAUGCUGAUCUCGUCCCCUCCAUUGCCUUCCAGAUUCCCGAUAUUGCGGCGAUGGCUACGCUCCAGCUCAAGCCGUUGGAUUCUACUGACCCAAACGAGAACGCCGCUUGCAUUCAGUCUGAGGUCUCGAACGGCAAGACUGCCAGCAUCCCAGCUGUUUCUUAUGUUGCUGCAACGGUGGCCGGUGCUGCUUUGGUUAUGGGAGGCGUUACUGCCGUGGGCGCAGCUUUUGCUGGCAGUGGUGCGGCGGCCGGAAGUGCUUCGGCAGGAGGAAUGGGUACCAUCAGUCCCAGCUUCACGGAGGUGUUUGGGUGGUUCCAGGGCAUGGCCAUGAACGGCAUGUUUUCCGUCGCCUAUCCCCCUGUUUACCGCAGCUUCACCAAGAACUUCGCCUUCUCGACCGGUCUCCUUCCCUGGACUCAACUUCAACUCUCGAUUGACAGCUUCCGAAAUGCUACGGGCGGAAAUCUGACCGAGGACAGCGUCCAGUUCCUGCGCAACGCCACGUUGGUUUUCCCGGAUGGUACGACUCAGUCCACCAACAGCUCUACUCUAAAGUUCAAGAGAGCGAUUGAUGACUUUGUCUUCCUCGCUUCUCGACAAAUCGAGACGACCGUCAACACUACAGCCCCUAACGCUAAUGUCACUGCCGAUCCUAACAGUUUCACUAACAGCAUUCGUGUUGCUGUAAGCGGUAUUGAGGGAUACGUCGAGCAGCUCAGCAUCCCCUCUGCGAACACCUUCAUGACAGUUCUUUUGAUUGUCGCUAUCGCUAUUGCUGCUAUCGCUGUUGGUAUUUUGUUGGUCAAGGUCAUUCUGGAGUUUUGGGCUCUGUUCGGCAGUUUCCCUAAGGCGCUCAGUGGUUUCCGCGAACAUUACUGGGGCUCUAUUGCUCGAGCCAUCACCACCUUGAUCCUGCUCCUCUACGGCGUCUGGGUGCUCUACUGUGUAUUCCAAUUCACUCACGGAGACUCGUGGGCAGCAAAGGUUCUGGCAGGUGUCACCCUAGCCUUGUUCACUGGUGUCCUGCUCUUCUUCUCCUGGAAGAUCUGGAGCACGGCCCGUAAGCUGAAACAGGCCGAAGGUGACGCCAGCGGUCUAUACGAUGAUAAGGACAUCUGGGUCAAGUACAGUCUGUUCUAUGAGUCGUACCGCAAGGAUUACUGGUGGAUCUUCGUUCCGACAAUCAUCUACAUGUUCAGCAAGGGCUGCAUUCUCGCUGCUGCUGAUGGCCACGGAAUGGUCCAGACCAUCGCACAGCUCAUCAUCGAGGCACUCAUGCUCGGUCUACUUCUUUGGAGCCGUCCAUAUGAGCGCAAGUCUGGUAAUGUUAUCAACAUCGUCAUUCAGGUCGUUCGUGUGCUUUCUGUUGUAUGCAUUCUUGUCUUUGUCGAGGAGUUCGGCAUCGCGCAGACAACACAGACCGUCACGGGUGUCGUCCUGAUUGCGGUCCAGUCCGCCCUGACUGGCAUUCUCGCCAUCCUUAUCAUCUGGAACGCCAUCAUCGCUUGCUGCAAGGAGAACCCGCACCGCAAGCGCCGCAAGGAGAUGGAGAAGAUGCAGCGUGAUAUGGAUGUGCUCACACCCCUCGACGCUCGCAACUCCCUCCUUCUGGACCGAAAGACAACCAACCUCACCGAGAACACCGACACUUUCUCGAUGACGAAGGCAAACUUGGCUGUCGAUACCAAGGUCGUGCCCAUGCGCGAUGCCUCGCCAGAGCGCUACCUCGGAGCAGAGCCAGCAAACCCCUAUUCCGCCCACUCGCGGAAUGGAUCUGGCAGCAGCUUCAGACCUCUGACACCACAAACACCCGUUGGCGGUGAUCGAGCCAACUUGCUGUCGAAUGCCACGCCGCUUGGCCGUACCGAUCCCGCCAGGCAGCCGACGCUUCCCAGCAUGGGUGGGUAUGGGAAUAGCCAGUAUGGCGGGCGUCCCAACAACGCCUUCCAGCCUACACCCCAGUACAACGGCUACAGUCAGAACUCGUAUGGGCAAGGGGGCUAUGGUGGUUACAACAACAACAAUUACAAUAAUCAGUACCGAGCGCCAUCAAGAGGAGGAUUCUAA